CUGGGGGUGUGAAUGUGUCCCUUUCGCAAGAAUGCCAAAUGCGUAACUUUUGCAUGAGGAAAACGCGCCGCUUGGUUUUUUUCUCCCCCCGUGCGCACUGUUAAGGAGUAGCAGUUCUUGCUUACAGGAUACACCAUCGCCCUGUUGCAUAGGCUAACCUCUGCAGAGAUCCCCUUCCCCCGAUCUUACAUGAUUUUCAAGCGAGCGAAGGGGCCUUUUCCGACGCGUUUUUUUCCUAACCCGUAAGCACUCACCGAUGAGUGGGCCAAACACGCUGAGCACGCUGCAUACUGUGCGUACUGUGCGAACGUUGCUCACACAAUUUACACAGUUUAAACCCUUCUCUACACAACCCCCCCCCGCCGAAGCAACGCCGAAACCAGCCAGCAUGGCCAAGAACGAAGGGACAGAAGACAAUGACAUUUUCAAAAUUCACAAAUGGUCAGGUGUGGCUGCCUGGUCGUGGGACAUCAGCGUGGAUAACUGCGCCAUCUGCAGGAACCACAUAAUGGACCUAUGCAUCGAAUGCCAAGCAAAGUUAAACGAAAAUGAUGGAAACGAUAAGGACAAAAAAAUGGACAAGGACAGCUGCACGAUAGCCUGGGGUGUGUGCAAUCAUGCCUUUCACCUUCACUGCAUAUCCAGGUGGAUUAAGGCCAGACAAGUUUGCCCCCUCGACAACACGCCUUGGGAGUUCCAAAAGGCAGCGAACUGA